AUGCGUGCCUGCGAUAGCCGCUUCUGUCCCUACAAAAGCCAGAAGCGGCGGGUGUUUGCUGCGGGGUUGCCGGAAGUCGCUCUGCUUCCUCUCCUGCAGGCUGCACUGGCGGAAACUCAAGCCCUGGAAAAGAGGUUCCGGGGCUGGGCUGGGCUGGCCUGGCUGGAGGCGGCAGAAUGGAGACUGGGACUGAGGACCCGGGACUGAGACGCCGCCCGACGCUGGCCUCUUCCUGGGAUGCCGCACGCGGGGCCCCGACCCAGAGUCUCCUCCUCACCCAGGCUGGUCUCGACUUCGACACCCGCGACUUCGACCGCGAAGAGCUGCUGGCGCCGCCUGCUUCGGGGCAGGAUCUGGUGAUUUUGAAGAGAAGCCUGAACAGCCAAGAUGAAAGCCCGUGCUUCCUCUACCUGAGGUGUGACCCUCACGGAGGUGAAGAGAUCGUUUCUGUUGGCAUUCUCAGUUCUGCAAGAAAUAUGGAAGUAUACUUAGGAGAGGAGUACUGUGGAACCAGUAGGGGCAAGAAUGUUGGUACUGUCCUGGAUGACAGUGAAAACAAAAUUAUUUUCUACAAAAAAUAUUUAAAAUUGGAGUCUUCGACUCAUGCAUGUAAAAUAAAGUUGCUGUCCUUUGGUGAAAAGCAGUGUGUGUUCAUCAGUAAAGUUGUGGUACACAUGAGACCAAUUUCAGCAAAUUCUUCAACAAGCUCUCCAGCUCUGGGAUCAAGUAUAGACCUAAACAGAGUUCAAGGCAUAAUGGAGUCCAUGGGGUCAAAGUUAUCACCUGGAGCUCAGCACUUGAUGAGUACGGUUAGGUUUCAACAGCUGAAUUGCAUUCCCAUUGGAGAGCAGCUUCAGUCGGUUUUGGGAAAUCCUGGAUACAAGCAUGUGAUUGGACUACAAUCAUCAUCUACUUUAGGAGCCUUAGACAAGUCAUCCUCCACACCUUUUCCUUUUAGAACUGGAUUGAUGUCUGGAAACGUGACUGAAAACUUAAAAGCUUACAUCGACAAAAGUACACAACCACCUGGUCAAGGGAAUACUACAAACCUUAGCAACUGUCAAAUUAUGCCACAAAAUCAUUCCCUUCUUGAAAAUGAUCUUAAAAAUGCAGUAUCUUCUUUCUUACCAAAGAAAACAAUUGACAACUCAAAUAUACCUAAUUCUGAGUUGCUGCCUUUUCUCCAGAAUUUGUGUAGUCAAGUUAAUCAUCUCCGUGUGGGACACAAGGCUGAGUGGCAGGAAAACAUCACAAAGCCCAGUGAAGGCAUUCUUGGUGUUGGAAUGGAAGAACAACCUGUUUGCUCCUACCUGGAAAAGAAUCUGUCUAAACAUAUGGAACUGCUGGAAAAGAAACUUACAGAGUACAUUGAUCAGCGAAUAUGUAAACUCCAGGAGCACAUAGAUGAUAAGAUUGCUUUGUUAAUGGACUUGCUGCAAAAUCGCAACUCCCCGCCCACUGGGAUACCUCUAAGACAUUGUGACUCUGGAGAAAGACUUUCAAAUGGAGAGAGUGAGGCUGGCUUAUGAGAGUCCUUGAAAUGUGGUCUGGCCAGAGCUGGAGCAGAGAGUCACACCCCUGCUGUCUGCCUAG